AUGGAGGAUAUAAAGGAUGUUGAAAAAUACGAGAAAAGAAAAAAAGAAGGAAGCAAGAGAGAGACUAAAACUUUAAUGAAUUACGAAGUAUUUUGGGAAAGGGGAGCCAAAGAGAACUUAAAAGAGAUUGGCAACCGAGAAAUUGCUGAAAAGAUUGAAGACCAAACAGAAAAAGCGUUAUCCAGUAAUCCUUUUUCCAAUGGUAAACCUUUAACGGGCGGAAAAAAAGUAAUAAUUGCGGUAGUAAAGGUAGGAGAACGCACGGAAACAGGACAAGUCGACGAUGUUUAUGCGGGAGACCAUCCCCGCUCUACUUUAAGAGGGACAAGGAUUACCGAACGACCCAAGGCCCGAGAUUUAAGCAGAAAAGUAGUAGGGAACCGAGGGAAAAGAAAACGCGGGUUAAUUGCUAAUGCUGCUAAUUUAGAUAAUUUUUAUCAAUUAAGACUCGGAGAAAGAGUAGUUUAUUUAGGAAUUGAUUGUACGGCCGAAAGUUUGCAUAUUGGUCACUUAUUUUUACUAAUCCAGACAAUUCGGUUUGCUCACCAAGGAUUUAAGGUACUUUUAGUGUUAGGGGGUGCUACUAGUAAAAUUGGUGAUCCGAGUGAUAAAUUGAAAGAAAGACCGCAACUAGAAACCGAGAAACUAAAUCAAUAUUAUCAAUCCAUAAAAAAUCAAAUUGCUCAGAUAGUGAUUAGACAGCCCGUUCUAAAAAUAAUAAAAGAGUGGAUUAGAAAAAAAGCACAAAAAUGUCUAAAUAUUACUUUUAACGAAAAAUUCAAAGAAUUGGUAGGUGGAUAUUUAAUUCUCGACCAAUUAAAUAACAGGAUAAAUUCUCAAUUAGGCAAAGGGACUUGGUAUGCCGAAAGUUAUCAUACUGAGGAAGGCGAUAACGGAACUCUGACUCUCUCGGUUGUAGCGACUAACCAAUCUCAGCAAGUAAAAAAACUCUUGGAAAAGGCUCACAUAGAUUACAAGGUUUACCAAGAACCUAAGAAAUCAGUAAAUAUUUUUGCUAAUUAUGGUGAAGCAAUAAAGAAUAAAGAACGAGACCAAGAACUUAAACUGUGGGAUAACUUAGAUUUGGACGAACAAUUGAAUAAUGAUGAAGCCCGAGGAACAGAAAUAAAGAAGAUUAGACCUGGUGUGAUUAUUUCUACUGAUAACUUAAAUAAGUGGAAUUACCGCUUUAUUGUUGUUCCGAUCACCAAAAGAACAAAAACAUUCUUAGAUUUUGAAGUACCAGUAAUGGUUAACGGCAAAGAAGGAUUAGCCAUGUUAGAUCAAAUUAAGACCGUGGAUAAGUCAAGAUUGAUUAAGAAGUUAGGAAAAUUAAUUCCAACAGAAAUGACAAUGGUUAGGGAAAAGUUGGAUUUAGUUUUUGAUUAA